AAUAGAGCACCCCUGGAAUCAAAAUUUGAUAAUUACAAUUACUGAAAUUUUCCUCAGAUAAGCCCUCCAGCCGAAACAAUACAGAAAAUUGUAAAACCCUAGUAAAGAACCAGUAAUCAAUGGAACCUUCAUCCAGAUCAUGGUCUCCAUGCUCAAUCCACCACCACCACCACCACCAUCCCUUGUGCCAACGCCACCAGCACCAGCACCAGCACCAGCACCAUCACCAUCACCACCACCACCACCACCACCAAUCUAGUUGCCCUUUACAUGUAAGUCCUAGAUUUGCUCUUCAAGCUGCUCAACAUCCAAGACCUAUUCUUUCUUAUCCAUUGGUAAAAGGCUUGAACUUGGAUUCCACUGCCAGCAGAGAAACAUCUGCCCCAGUUGCCCAGGUGUUGCAAGAGCCAGAGUGCGAUGUAUUAGGAGAGGAAGAGGAAGAAGAAGAGGAAGAUGACGACCCUGUUUUCGUUCUUACAGAUGAAUGGAGGGAGUUCUUUGCCAGAUCUGAAGCUAGGAGAAAAUUAGAGAAGCAGCAAGGCAAGAAAAAAGAGAAACACUAGAUGGAAUUGCUCUAAAUGAUAUUGAACAGUAUAAUGAAAGGGCGUGGGCGUGAGAGAUGUAAGGAGCAGGAAUUGCUUCGCCGUUGUUCUACCUACAUGGUUAAUGCAUCACCUCACUUUUCUGUUUGUACUGCUCUUGCUGUGUGAAAAUCUUAUGCAUAUAAUACAUGUAGAAUAUGCUACCUCUUAAGGCAGAUGAAUCCUUUUCUGUAAUGCAAGCAGAAAUGCUACCUUGUCUUUGAUCUGUGGAUGAUGUAUCCAGUUUGCUA